UUAUGCGUACGCUGUUUUGUUACUUUUUGUCGUCUGCUGUGCGUUCGCAGUGCCAGUGAUGAGUUGGACAAUAGCGCCGCGCCGUUUGAUGCUGUCCGCGCGUCAGCAUUCGUAGGCAUCGGAAUUCGCGUCAUUUGUGUUACCGUCGGUGCAUUAAUUAAUUGUUCGAACGCAAAAUUUCACCCGUUCUAUUGUUUGGCGGCUUUUGUUCUGUUGUUUUGCCGUAGUGAGAUAGAACGAUCCCCCGUGUGGUAGCUAUUCUGUUGUGCAGGGUGUAUUUUUGGUUUUGUUUUACACAGAGGAAGUGAUAUUGGAAAGUGACGAUUGUGCAAAAGAGAGAGAGAGGUCGGGGUUUAACCGGGCCGCGUUAUUGUAUUCAUUCCGAUUUUGGUUCCGUCCAAAUAACAGUUACCGGAGUGUGUUGCUACAGUGUGUUGACGUACAGCAUAAAACGUUGUGAUAUACAUUACAUUACGGUGAACUAAACGAACCGCAAGGAUGGCGCAUCAUCAAGGGCAGGAGGUCGGCGUGCAAGAUUUUGUACUGCUGGACUCGGUAACGCAAGAAAAUUUCAUGGAUAACCUCAAGCGCAGGUUUCAAGCCGGCAAAAUCUACACAUACAUCGGGGAGGUUUGCGUUUCGGUAAAUCCGUACCGCGAGAUGAACAUCUACGGACCGGAGUACGUCAACCGGUACAAGGGGCGGGAGCUGUUUGAAAAUGCGCCUCACAUCUUUGCCAUUGCCGAUGCCGCGUAUCGGGUGCUGAAGCAACGCAACAACGAUACCUGUAUCAUGAUUUCGGGCGAAUCCGGCGCUGGCAAGACCGAGGCGUCCAAAAUCAUUAUGAAGUACAUAGCGGCCGUCACGAACCAGGGAAAGCAGGGCGAAAUCGAACGAGUAAAGAACGUGCUUAUCAAAAGCAAUGCAAUUUUGGAAUGUUUUGGCAAUGCGAAAACUAACCGCAAUGACAACAGCAGUCGCUUUGGCAAAUACAUGGACAUCGAGUUCGACUACAAAGGAGAUCCGGUCGGUGGCAUAAUUACCAACUAUUUGCUAGAGAAGUCCCGCGUCAUUCAACAGCAAAGCGGUGAACGGAAUUUCCAUUGUUUCUACCAGCUUUUACGUGGCGGGUCUAAUAAUGAGCUGCAGCAGUAUAAUCUAGUAAGAGAUCCGGCAGCAUACCAUUACACGAAUCAAGGUAGCACAGAGAUUCUCUCAGAAAAAUCCGACUACCGGGCGACAACCGGUGGUCUGCAAGCACUCGGAUUUAGUGCAGAGGAGAUUUCCAUGGUGUGGCGAACGGUAGCGGCAAUUCUGCAUUUGGGAAAUAUUGAAUUUCAAAUGCAAGAUGAGAAAGUAACAAUAACCAACGGAAAAACGUUGACACAGGUUGCUCAACUCCUGCAGGUGACUGCGGAGGAAAUGCGCACCGCUUUAACGGAGCGAGUGAUCGCAGCACGUGGCGAAAUUAUGACAAAGAGCCACGACACAAAGCAAGCAGAGUAUGGCCGGGAUGCGUUGGCCAAAGCGAUAUACGAUCGCAUGUUUACCUGGAUCAUACAGCGCAUCAACAAGGCAAUCCUUGUCCCAGGAAGUACCACACAGAAACGCUACAACAAAGUGAUUGGUGUGCUGGACAUUUACGGCUUCGAGAUAUUCGACCGCAACAGUUUCGAACAGUUUUGCAUCAAUUAUUGCAAUGAGAAGCUGCAGCAGUUGUUUAUUGAACUGGUACUGAAGCAGGAGCAGGAAGAAUACAACCGCGAGGGUAUUGAAUGGACCAAUAUUGAGUAUUUUAACAAUCAGAUUAUUUGUGCCUUGGUAGAGCAACCAGAUAAGGGCGUCAUUGCGAUCAUGAACGAAGCGUGUUUGAAUGUGGGUAAAAUAACAGACGAAAUGCUGUUGGGUGAUAUGGACAAAAAAUUGUCCCAUCAUCCUCACUAUACCAGUCGUCAGCUGAAACCAAUGGACAAGGAGUUGCGUCACAAGGAAGACUUUCGCAUAACGCACUACGCCGGCGACGUUAUUUAUUCCAUCAGUGGGUUUAUCGAGAAGAACCGUGACACUUUGUUCCAAGAUUUCAAGCGAUUGCUUUACGGUUCACAUGAUAACCUAAUUAGCUCAAUGUGGCCUGAAGGUGCACAGGAUAUUUCGAAAACCACCAAGCGCCCUCUAACCGCAGGAACACUGUUCCAAAAAUCUAUGGCCGAGUUGGUGGCGACGCUAUUGCGCAAGGAACCACUGUAUGUGCGGUGCAUUAAGCCGAACGACAUCAAAAGCCCGACCGUGUUUGAUGAUGUCCGCGUAGAGCAUCAGGUUCGGUACCUGGGACUGCUGGAGAAUGUUCGUGUACGGCGAGCCGGUUUCGUGCACCGUCAGCGGUACGACAAAUUUUUGCUACGCUACAAGAUGAUUUCGCAGUACACCUGGCCAAAUUUCCGCGGCGGUAAUGACCGGGACGGCGUGAAGGUGCUGAUGAACGAGAAAAGCUUUAGCCACGAUGUGCGGUUCGGAAAGACGAAGAUUUUCAUCCGUUCGCCGCAAACGCUGUUUGCGCUCGAGCAGCAACGGAACGACAUGAUACCGCACAUUGUGACGCUUCUGCAGAAGCAGGUGCGUGGUUGGAUCGCGCGUCAGAGGUAUAAGAAAAUGAAGGCGGCCCUCGUCAUUAUGCGUCACUAUCGAAAGUACAAGCUGAAGAGCUACGUGCAGGAUUUGGCCGUCCGGUUUCGUAAUGCACGCACUUUGCGCGACUACGGCAAGGGCAUACAGUGGCCCCAGCCUCCGCUUGUCGGUCGGCAAGCGGAACGGCACUUGCGGAUGCUGUUCUCUCGCUGGCGUGCGGCGAUGAUUCUGCGCAAAUACCCACGGGAAGAGUGGCCGCAGCUACGAUUGCAAAUAAUUGCCGCCAGUGCGUUCCGCAAACGGCGAAAGUUCUGGGGACACGAUCGCCGGUGGCUUGGCAACUAUUUAUCGAUCGUAGCAGAGAACACCAAUUAUUCGUCGUACAAUGCGAGCGUGCGUAACAUUAAGAAUGCGGAUCACUUUGAUACGAUUGUGUUUUCGGCGUUCGUGAAAAAGUUCAACAAAUGCAACAAAUCGGCUGAUCGUGCGAUCAUUGUAACGGAUGGCGCUAUUUACAAGCUGGAUGGAGCGAAGAACAAAUUCCGCAAUAUGAAACGAACGGUUCAGAUUCGCGAGAUCACAUCGAUCAGUGUCAGUCCUGGACGGGAUCAACUGGCAGUAUUUCAUUCGCAUCAUAAUAACGACCUGAUAGUGUCCCUACAAGGAGAGCACCAACCCUUGAAGGAGGAUCGUAUCGGAGAGCUGAUAGCACAUGUCGUUAGGCGAUACUUUGCCAUCUGCCAGCAAGACCUACCAGUGAAUGUGGCAUCCACGUUUCCUCUUCGUUUGGGAAACAAAUCGCGUUCGUUGAGCAUUGAGGCCGCCGUCGGGCAGGAUUUGCCGGAAUUUUCACACGCCGGUACCUUCAUCGUUUUCAAGGUUCCGCCGGCUUAUGCCAGUCCGCUAGAAACGACGGAAACAUCAGCACCCAACACGUUACCACAACGAUACUAGAGUAAAUAAGUGAACAAACUCGACAAGCAGAAGUGCCAUUAUUAGCGAAGCGAGGACAAUCCAGUCUCUUCCGCACCAAGUAUUGACAAACGAUGCACGCAUUUCGUAAAAGUGCAUUCCACAUUUGACGUACGCGCAGAUGGAAAAGCGGAUGUAACUGAAUGUGAUAAGGGAGUUGUACGUUGUUACCAUCUUUGAUUUUUAUACGAACCAUUACACAGCAUUAUAACAGAAUCAUACAUACACAAAUCAACGAUCAACACAAAAUUGUUGUUGGCGAAGACUAUUCUUGCGGCACUGUCUCUAUGGUUUUAUGUAGUUUUCAAUUUUAUUGUUUUGAUACUUAAGAGUAAGAUGUUCUUAAAGAAUGCUUAGGAAGCUGUAUUUCGUUUAUGAUUUUCUUUCUGUACUUAUAACGCCAAUAAAAGGCCGCUAACGUA